AGAAGAACAUGGCCUCGAUGGACCCGGCUGCUUCCGCAUCGGCCAAGCAACAGAAUGCGGCGCAGGCCAAUCUGCGGGUGCUGUCCAGCGAGUUGUCCUCUGCCGGCGUUUUCCAGGAUCGCCAGCCAUGGGAAGGAAGGCGCCGCGACCGCUGCUACGGGCUGUUCGCGCUUUUCAUUGCCCUGGCGGUGCUGCUCUGGGCGCUGCUAAGCCUAAAGGCCGACCGCACCGGCACGGCCUUGCAUUCCGAUCAGGAUUUCUGCUGUUAUCGCCUCCUGACCACCCUAGCAGAGGUGUCCAACAUGAGUGUGGCGCCUUGCAGCUCGUUCCACAACUUCGCCUGCUUCCGACGAGCCGGCAUCGAACGCUUGGACAUCACCAUGAAGAACCUUCUGAGCGAAGUCGUGUCUCCCGUUCUUCGCGGCACCGCCAGGGAGCCCGUAUCCGAAGUGUUGCGUCUUUUCCACGCCAGCUGUUCUCGGACUGCCGUCGACACCGGGUUGAUGUUGCCCGAAGCAGUGCGCAACUUUAUUAGUACCCUUCGACUGCGAGUGCCGUUGCCGCAGGCCGACGUGCUGGCACUUGUGGGAGCUAUGCAGCUCCGGUACGGCAUCGCAGUUGCAGUGAAUGCCACAUUCACUGUGGAACUGAGCGGGAAGCCAGCCAUCCUGAACCUGACAGCGCUUGUUCUGAACAGCGUGAAGGAGUACAAUGCCGAGCUUGUCCUACAGGUGACGAACCGUCUGUUGAACACCACCACGACAUUGAAGGAACUGAUUGAUCUGCACACAGACCUUGUUAGGAGGUCAAACCUCUGGUCUUCAGCCAGCAUAGACUGGGACGUUCGCCGCCGCCGCUCUGGGAGACAGCAGGUGCUGGACUCUGACACUCUCUUAGGUAACUGGAAGCCUUUUCUAACUUCAGCCGGCGUUCUGGAGCGAAGAAGCCCUGUCACGAUCCAUGCUAGCAACGGCGCCAUACGCGUCCUGGAAGCGCUAAUUGCACCGGAGCGCUGUUCCGCGGCCAUCGCGUACGUCGUGCUCCGGGCGAUGGAGGGUCUGUACGAGAUGGAGUUCCUUACGGCGGCCCACCCGCCUGAAUCUUCGGCCAACGGACAGUACUGCGAUGACAAGACGGAGUCCCUGCGGGCCUUAUGGGCCCUGGCCACGUCUGAACGCAUAAAAUCGUCGCGCCGGAACGUCUAUCUCUCGCAGGUAUUCAGCCUUAUGGUAGCGGUCGUCAUCGACCAGACAAAGAAGUUGCUGGGCGACAACAGAGGCAGCCUCAAGCUGAAGCACAUGCUGCAAGACCUGAAACUGCGCUCUUUCCACGAGGCCCUGGACGGAUUGUCGGCGGACAAGGAAAACGUACCGGAAAUGACGUCCGUCUACUGGAGCAACGUCCUCGCCGUCAGGAGUCACGCGCAGCGGCUCGCGCUUAAGCGCGCGUCCCUCGACGCCGGCACCUGGUGGACCCUGGAGCGCGGACUGCGGGACGCGAGCGCGACGGUGCGCGGCGGCGAACUGUUCGUGUCCGGCGCCCUGUACUCGAUGCUGCCCCGGAGAAACGACACGGACGCCUUCGUGAACGUCGCGUUGGUCGGCGCGCAAGUCGCCAACGCCAUCUGGCGGGAAGUCUUCUCGCUGGACGGCGUCAGCCACGGAAGUCGCGAGUCCCUGAGACGCUUCAAGACGUGCGCCGUCAACCGGCUGGGCGAGAAGGCGACCGGUCUUGAGUACGCGCUGCUCUCGAUACAGUCUGCUGCCGAAGGGGCGAAGAGUUCCGGGUGGCACGACAGGGUCGUGCCCUGGGGCAGUGCCAGGGUUUCGGCGAGCCAGGUGUUUUACAUGGCUUAUUUCGUGAGCAACGUGUGCUCGUUUCGACGCCGGGCGAUGGGGCGCGACGACGCUCUGCGCCUCGGACACUGGUACAUGCGGCGCGUGCCGGAUUUUGUUCAGGCCUUCGAGUGCAAAGCUCUCGCGCCGCUGGUGAAUGACACGUGCUCCCUGGCGGGAGCGCGCAUCUAGCGCCUGUCUGUGGUGCCCGCAUCGUUCAGCGCAAAACUAUUGCAUCAUAUAUGCCGAUGGAGUAUUACCGUCACCGUUUUUCUUUUUUCUUUACAGUUUAGAACAGUGGACUAACGAAUUCGCCUUGUUAUUUUCCCGUAUAUCCGGAUGCGUAUCAAUGUGCACGUUCACUUGUUUACAUGCUGCGAGAACAUGAAAAAAAGAAAGACAUGUCCGGA